CAGGAGAAGCUCGUGUCUCAGCAGCAGGCCUGGAUCCGUGCCUCUAUUUCCAUGCAAGUGCGCGUCCGGCCCGGCCCGGUCGUGUCCGAUCCAAAUGGAUUCACCUCACGUCACCACCCUGCACGCCCACACCACCACCCCAAAACCUCUGCGCAUAAAACAUUCAUCAGAGCGCUGCAAGAAAUGUCGUUAUGUCUCAGAUUCGCUGUUAAAUAUCGGUUCUAAUAAUAGCCCGGCUGCGGGAGCCUGGCGGGAGAUUGCCCGGAGACCUGUGUUUGUGCGCCAUGAUUAAAACUUAACUUCUAGAAUAAAAAGGAAUAUUUUCCGUUCCGUGACACAGACGCAUAAAACAUUCAUCUCUGAAUUUUCUCCUCUUUCUGUGUCUUUCCGCCAGACGCACCUCUCUGCCCCGCCCUCUGCUCCUCUCAGCUCCGCGUCUCUCUCCUCCUCGCGCCGGUAAACGCACACUGAUGCGCACCAGCGCGGCCGACGUCCACACACUUCCCUCUGCCAUGGGGGAUGUACAGUGGAGCCAGUGAUCGGACCGGAUCUGUUCUGCGAUGACCAAAAGGAUGGAUUGUGUUUUUUUGUCGAUUCCGCCCCUCUGAGCUCUUCCUCCAGACCUGUACUGCUUUUGGGGAGGUGUGGAUCCCAGUUUGGAUGUUUACUGCUGAGUUGUUUUGAAAUUCUGGUCCACAUGACUGAGCCAGGGCACGACCGGAGACGUGGCUCCCCGAUCGGGAAGACCUACGGCUAAAGUUUGGAGGGUUCUCCUCCCUGUUUCUCCACCUUCCCUGGGAUUUGCUGUCACCCUAAUAAACCGCACCGAAUAACGGAUAUCUCGUCCAUCUGCGCAUCCGACGGAAGUUAUUCCACUUGGAUUUAUUGCGCCUCUGGAUUUCACCCCCAUCUACACCAUGAGGAGCGUCGUUUUUGAUGGGGGGCGACUCCUAUUCCUGGUGAUGUGGUUGAACCUGCUGCCUCAAGCUGACAGCUGUCCUGCCAAGUGCAUUUGCUUCAGUGAGCCCAGGCGCACCGUGGCAUGCCAACAACAAGGACUGUUUUCCAUCCCUACGGAGAUCCCUGUUCGGAGCCAACGGAUAUUUCUCCAGAGUAACAAGCUGACGGUGGUCGGGUCCACUAGUUUCAGCUCUUGCCACAAUCUUACGGUUCUCUGGCUCUACUCUAACAACAUAAGCCACAUUGAAGCUGGAGCCUUUGAUGGCUUGGGAAAACUGGAGGAACUGGACAUUGGAGACAACAGCAACCUCCGAACCAUUAGUCCAACAGCCUUCCGGGGCCUAACUAAGCUACAUACCCUUCACCUGCACAGGUGUGGCCUAUCGCAGCUGCCUGUUGGGGUAUUCCGAGGAAUGUUUUCUCUGCAAUACCUUUACUUGCAGGACAAUAACAUUCUAACGCUACAUAAUGGCACGUUUCUGGACCUGGCGAACCUCACCUAUCUCUACCUGCACAAUAACAAGAUCAAGAUAGUAACAGACAACAUGUUUCGAGGCUUAAUCAAUCUGGACCGACUGCUGCUGCACCAGAAUCGAAUCAUCUAUGUCGAACCUAAAGCUUUUACUAGUCUUGGUGGACUCAAAUCCUUGUUCCUGUUCUUCAACAACCUUACAGUUUUGACUGGGGAGACGAUGAACCCACUAAUCUCCCUCCAGUAUUUGCGUUUGAAUGGGAAUCAGUGGAUCUGUGAUUGCCGUGCGAGAACCUUAUGGGAAUGGUUCAAACGUUUCAAAGGUUCCAGCUCUGAGUUGGAGUGCAGCGUCCCUGAGUUCUUGGCUGGAAAGGACCUGAAACGAUUGAAGAGUGAGGACUUGGAAGGAUGUGUGGAAACACCUCAACUCCAGACCAGUCUCUUCAGCUCCAAAUCACAGUCUGGGAAGUUCCUGUCUACGGAAAUCCCCCUGGGAAACAACAUUCCUUGGUGUUGUCUUGGAGAUAACGACAAGUCCUCUAUCCUUUCUGGGAAAAGUCGCCAAAUCACUAACAACCCUCUGAAAGAAAAAGAGAACAUGUCCAAGACUAAAUUCAAACAGCAGGAAAGAACAAAAAACGAGACCCAGAUCAAGCAGAAUGACGGACCACUGGGAACCUUGUCCAAUAACCUGGACAAGACUUUGGAAAACCUAAAGCCAGACUUUAUAGAUAAUCCAGAAUCAUCUACAGCCUCAAUUAAAAAGAAAAAGAAGUGUUCCAAAAAGCCCAAAUCAGACACUCAAUGCAUCAAAGGCCACGGCUCUACUUUGCAAAUGCUGCACUUUCUCAUCAUUCCCAUGACCUGGAUAUCUCUAUCCAUAUCCUAGGACUCCUGACAGCUGUCUGCACAAAGGACUCAAGAAUGUUGAUGCUAAUGACAAUGAGACUGAAGAUCCAGGGACACCUACAACAGGCUGUGACUGAGAAGCGAGGAGUCACGUCGUUGACCCAACAUUGCUGGAGACAAACGAUGAAAACGUGAGAGUACAAUAAACAAAAUGGAUGCCUUUUACAGAACUCUACAGAUCUGAUGUAAAUAAAGAAUCGGUGCCCAAAAUUGUUUGUUCUCGAUGUACUCAACUGUACUGUGUCUAAGCUACACUUAGGAGACUCCUCCUUUUUCCCGUGUGAAGCUUUUACUGCUUAGACAGACCACUGGAAGAAAAACAAACAUAAAUACCUAAAACGGACAAAAACAAAAAAAUAAGAAAAUAAAUACGGGAAAUGAGAGACAGAAAAAGACAGAAAGCACACAAAGAAUGAUUGGUCUGUUUCAUGAAGAAAACAAAUCUCCCCUUGUUAUUUAUUCAGCCAUGCAUUUGUUGGAUACUGUUUCUUUUUUCAUGUUUAUAUAAGAAAUGUUUUACCUCCCUGCUUUUUAGUUCUAUUUUCAUGACAGAGGAUCUAUGGGCAGCAUUUACCCAAAAAACAAAUAAAUAAAAAUGCUGUCAUUUUGUUCAUGGAGAUUGCAAUGGAAUCAUAGAUAUGCAUUUUAUUUUACUUGUGUACAAGUAUGAAUAUAUUAUGAAUAAAAGUUCUUAUUUCAUAA